UUUAGUUUAGGUGUGGUUGACGUAUAUUAUUAAGGGCGUUGUUAAUUGUUAUUUCUUGUUUAUUUAAUGCUAGAAAUAUAAAAAAAAAUUUAAUUUUGAGUGAAAGAAAAUUUUUUAUAUUAUUAGAAUUCUUGUAAUGAAUACAAAAAAAUUGUGUUAACGCACAAAAUAAAAACUCUAAAUGUCUACCGUAGCCGAAAGAACAGCUUACUUAAACAAUCCGUAUUACAACAUUAAAGACAAAUUAUUGGGUGAUUAUAGCCCAUUUUAUGCGACAAUAGGUGUCUGUACUUUUUUAAUUGUAUCAAUACUACUAUUAAAUUUCAUUAUUGGUUGUUGCACCAAAUAUAAAGGAUAUUGGCAAGACAGGCAUACUGGUAAUCGUUGGAUUAUUAGCAUUUACACCUCAACACCACACAAACAACCGCCAUUAGAUUUAACAGAAUUGGAUUAUCAGGAAAAAAAUCCUCCAAGCAAUUACUAUCAACAAGAUAUUGAAGCAUCCAGAGUACCAACAAGUUACUCUUAUUACGAAGCUCAACGUUCGCAGCAAUUUCAACAACAGCUUCAGCAGCAACCACAGGAAUACGUAGAACUUCAAACUCGUGAGAGCGAUAUUUAA